AUGGCUCAUUAUAACGAGCUCGUCAGAAACGGAAUGUCAUCAACUUUAUCAGACAGAUUUUCAAUAUCAGUUACUACGGAAGUUUCUCCAAUUAUUUUAGUACACGACAAAAACUUUACGACGUUCAAUGCGCGCAAUUCACCAUCAACAUCGACUCUUCGACUGCCUCGCGCUGCUUCAACUUUACAGUAA